AUGGACAAGAGACAGCAUCUACGUCGGCUACUUUCUAGCAUCUCGGACGAGUCUGACGAGGAGGAUAGCCUGCCUCAACACUCGACCAGCGGGGUGCUAAAUAAGAAAUCCGAUUUUUGCAAGCUUCUUAAAAAAUCUUUUUGCGUAUUUUUGGUAUUGGCGGUCGCCUGUGGGCUCUCUUUUUGGGCUGGAACAUGUGUGUCCAGGCGACAACCGACUCUUGAUGGCGUAUGCGCAAAACAUACAAACCAAUGGUCACCUCUAGUUCGUGAUGUAGCGAUUCAAUACGACGGCAAAGAGUUUAAUGGGUCUUUCAUGAAUGAGAAUAUAUAUCGACAAGUGGGAUCACCAGAAGUUGACAAAGCAUGGGAAGAUCUCGGUGUCAAUUAUCGAGCUGGUGUUAUCUCAUACGAGGAUGGCCUAGCUAGUGGGCUGGAAGCAUCUUUUGUCCAGCGCGCGAAAAAGUAUGGCGGAGGUUUUCUGGUCAACGUCGAGGGAAUGCAUCAUUUGCACUGCUUGAAUUUAGUUCGCAAAGCGCUCUAUUUUAACUACGAUCGAUAUAAAGAGUUGGGAGAGCAUGCAUUUCUAAACGAAGAGGAUAUCCUACGUCGGCACAUUACACACUGCCUUGACACUGUUCGCCAAGUUUUAAUUUGCAAUGUAGAUACGGGCGUCUUGGGUCAGGUGUGGAUCAACCCGAAGGAGCCAACGGCAUUCCCAGACUUUCGCACAAAACAUACCUGCAAGAAUUACGAAGAUAUACGUAAAUGGGCAAAGCAUCUUCAAGCGCCACCUCUUGAUCAAAUACCCGAAGAUUAUCUGGCCCCGCCAAAUCCUGACGAUGUAAUAGUUUCUACACCAUAG